CUCCUAAUUAGCUGUUUAUUACUAGUUAGUAAGGUAGUUGUUAGUAUAGGUUUUGGGUGGAUUAAUGGAUUUAGAAUAAAAUCAUGCAGAAUAAGACAUUAAUAUGUGCUUUAUAAGUACUAAUAAACAGCCAGUAUGCUAGUAAUAUGCAUGCUUAUAAGCAACUAGUUAAUAGUGUUACCCAUAACAUUUUAGAGCAAUUUGAACUAAGAGUGGAAACACACUUGUGCUCUUUAAUGUCCCUGUAUGAGCUGAUCAGCUUCAGUUUGCUGGUGGGAUGGGCUAAUGUCAUUCAGCUCUUGUCUAGUGAGUUUAAGUUCAGCAACACCAAUACAGUCUGUGAAACCGGUCAGACAACACACACCGCUUUGACUUCAUUCUCCAAAAGGAACAUCACCAAGGUAAGAUCCGUAGUCUUUCAUAUGCACAUGCUCUUUAAAUUAUUAUAUUAAGACGUUCUUUCAUACACUGAAUGAAAACCUGAAUACAAACGGCUGGAACAUUAGUUGUUUUCUAAACCAAGAGUUAAAUCUUCAGUAGUUUAGAUUGCAGGCAACUAUAAACUAUUGAUUAUUAGGUAUCUUUACUGUAUCUGAACUGAUUUUAGUAGUAGACCAGCAAUAGUAAUAGCACAAUGAAGAUCCUAAAAAUUGUACAAUUUGUGAUUGCAUUGCUUUCCAAUUGAAUUGUUGCUUGCUGUAUAUGUUAUUUGUAUUUUCUAAUACAGUGCAGGUUCAUACAGUGGUUAUAAAAGGAUGGCAUUUAGAGAAACACUCGCACUGUUCAUGAGUAAAACUGCAUUAAAUAAUGGGAUAAAAAACUUGAGUUUAUCAGAAGACUGGUUUGAGAUUUAAUAAAAUGUCCAUUUAAGUUUUAUGAUAUGUUUCCCAUAUGCUUACAUUGAACAUGUGUUGGUUUCUGUUUAGUAAAAUGACAGAUGCAUGGAGAUUAGGACAGAAACAUCCCAUUUCUGAUCUAGACUGUUGCCAAAGGGUUAGGCUCUGAAUGACCCUUUAAUGGUUUCCCUUUUGACAUAAAAAGUCAUUGUGUUGAUGAGUGCAAAUAACUCUCAGCUGAACACAUCAUGUUUCUAUGCAUCUCAAAGGCAGUGCAUUCUGGUUAAUCUUGAUGUUGUUUACAUUCUUGACGUUUCUAACAUAACUCGUGCAUUAUACUUAUUGGCUGCAGAUGUCUGAUCCCCCUGAGAUCGUACCUGUGCCGAAGCCUCGAUCGAGGUAUUUACGUCAGCUGUCAUCCAGUGAAAGAUAUGGUGUGUUGUCUUGUCCAGAUUUUAAGGCUGUUACACAAACGGCAUCUGAAGGAGAAACUGAUGUGAAGCAUGAGGAGGAUUCCCCUGAUCCUCAAGAUGUUAAAACCAGCUGCAGGGAGAUGCUUCCAAAGCCAGAGUCGCUCUUCAUUAGUUCAUCUUCAUCUUUUGAUGAUUGUCCUGCGACUCCAGACUCGCUCAGUAACGACCAGCAUCAUUCAGAUAAAGCCAGUUUCACAGAUCAGGUGAUGGGUGUUCAGACAGAUGUUUGCAUCAAUGGAGAGAUCUAUAACCUUCCCAGAUCACAGGAUCUUCAGAACAACGCUGACGGACCCAAUAUACCACGGGCUGCAACUAUUCAUGUAAGCAGGAAGAAGAAGACGUUAUCAGGGCUACGCCAGACAACCGAGUGUGUGGUGGCACAGUCCAGCUGGCUCGACGUGUGGAAGGGACGCAAGCACAAUGUUCUGUGGGCCACUCUAGAUGGACAUACCAUGUCACUGUGGAAGAAGCGCACAGACAAAUUCACAGAAUAUGUUUUUCACGUAACAAGCAUCACCAACAUACGUGAGCAGGAUCAAGGACGCUUCUCCAUCCAUUUACAGAAGAAGCACUUUGAAUUCAUGGCUCACAGCGAGGAUGUGCGGCAGCGCUGGUUGAUGUCUCUCUACAGCACUCGAGGAAGAGAACCGCUCACUGAACCCAAACAACGCGGACCGCUGAUCAUGAAAGAGCCACGGAAAAAGGUGUACACUGCUAUCCGUGGAUACUCCUUUUGGAUUUACAACAGCAAAGAGGACUACAGUGUGGGUCUCGGCAUGAUGUGUGUGUCUAUGAACAUAGCGUGUGUGAAGUCGACGGGACGUCACAGCUUCAGUCUCAUUACUCCAUACAGGACCUUCAAUUUCUCUGCAGACUCAGCGAAGGAGACGUCCGUGUGGCUGGAGCGUCUGGAUGAAGUGAUCCGCAGCGCUCUGUCCUACAGCGAGGUGGCUCUUCGACUCCGGUCCAGUCCCUGUAAUAAAGUGUGCGCUGACUGUGGCGCGGCUAACCCCGAGUGUGCAUCGGUGAACCUGCUGGUGGUCAUCUGUGAGGCCUGCGCAGCCGCACAUCGAUUCAUGAGCAGUAACCGCUCCAAAGUGCGAGGUCUCAGACUAGACGAUAAGGUUUGGACGGAGCCGUUAAUUCAGUUGUUUGUGCUGUAUGGGAAUAAAGCUGCCAGCAGUGUUUGGGGUCCCAGCAUCCCUCCGACGGAGCAGAUCCGCCCUGACGUCUCUCCAGAUCAGAGGCUGGAGUUUAUCCUCGCCAAAUACCACAAAGGACUGUACCGGAAAGCUCACCCGCUCGCCACAAGCCAGAAACUGCUUGACCAGAGGCUGCGGGAGGUGGCUGCUGGUCCUGAUGUGGAGGAGACGCUGUCUCUGCUGUGCUCUGGAGCCAGAGUGUCCUGCAGCGCCACAGAUCCUGAGCUUCAGUCUGCCAUCAGUGUGGCCGAGAGCGCUGGACAAGCCCUGCAGACCGAGCUCCUCCGACACAACGAGUUUGUGGAGGCACCAGACUUUGAGCAAACCAGACACUCAGAGGAGCAGAUCGAAGAGCUCCAUGGAAAGCUGGACGAGGAGCGUUUCUUGUUCUCGCAGGAGAACGAGUCUGCCGCCUGUGAUGUGCUGGAUUUGACAGAAGUCAUCUCAGUGUUCGACUGCUCUGUGGGGCAAUCGCAUGAGUUUGAGGUGUUACUGCUGACAGACAGUGUGAUCUGCAGGGCAGCCGAAAGAGACGCUCUCCUCAGUCACAUGCUGCAUAUCAUGAAGAUUGUGCUGGCGGGUGCCGUGGUGGAGGAGGAUCUGCUGGGGGUCUGUGCCGUGUCCAGAGCGUCUAUACGAGAGGGUGCAGCGCUGCAGUGUGCAGAAGUGUGGUGCACCCUUCAGGACGGAGAGAUGAGCAUCCACACCAAACACGGCUCCACAGACACGGUGACCCUGGACAGUCAGACACGCUGCCAUCUGCAGCGCUCAGAGAACUGCAUCCUGCUGGAGUUUCCUGACCGGACGUUACACAUGCAGUUUGAGCUGCAGCACAGCUGUCUGCGGUGGCAUGAGCUCGUGCAGAAGACCAUGUGCUCGAGCACAGACGGACAGAAGCGCUCAGGAUCUGUGCCCUGCUCCAUAGACAGGUGCAUCUCUCACAUCACACAGUACGGGCUGAAGGUGGAUGGUUUGUACCGGCGCUGUGGAGUCGCUCCUCGGAUCAGUAAGCUGGUCGAUGCUCUGCGUGUUUCUCCGAGAGGAACGGUUCUGGAAACAGACGAGCUCUCCAUCCUGGACAUUUCAGGAGCUCUGAAACAGAUCCUGCGGCAGAGCUUUGAGAUCAUACCGGACACACACAGACCGCUCUGGCUGAAAGCUGCAGCUGUGUCAGACGAAGAACAGAGACUGCAGACGUACCGCAAACUGCUUCAACAGCUUCCUCCAGUCAACCGCGCUACACUGGACGCUCUGUGUGGACACCUGCACAUCGUCCAGAUGCACAGUCAGGAGAACCGCAUGACGGCUCAUAAUCUGGCCGUGAUAUUUGUGGUCACGCUGUUCCAGGAGCUCGCCAUGAAAGCAGCCAUGAUGCAGUUAACCAAAGAGCUGAUCGUACGUCACACCGAGAUCUUCAUGAAUCAGGUGGAGACCGAUGGAGAAAUCAUCACUGUACUGUGAAGAGCUCAUCAGCGUCUCUAUCUACAGACGCAUUAAAAAUGACUGUAAUAACACUAAACAAAGUACAAUUUAUCUGAAAAAAAGUGUUAGUUUACUCACCCUCAGGCCAUUCAAGAUGAAGACGAGUUUGUUUCUUCAUCAGGUUUGUAGAAAUGUAGCAUUGCAUCAGUGUCUCUGCUCUGCAGUGAAUGGGUGCCGUCAGAAUGAGAGCCCAAACAGCUGAUAAAAACACUAUGGAAGUCAGUGGCUACCAGAAACUGUUAAUUUAAAUAUAUUAACAGCCCAUUUAAUCAUAUUUAUCAUGCUGGCAAUAAAAUGCCCAGUGGUUAUUAUAUAAUAAAGAGCUGAAUGACAGUCUGCAUUCCAGAGAGUGUAUUAUGCUUUAAUGUAACUCAGACUUACAUUGCAUUUGUAUUUAUGAAUAAAUAAAUACAACACAACUCUUUAAAAAAACUACUU